UUUCCCCUUUCCUUUUUCCUCCUACCCAAAACCCUCGCCGGCGUCCCUACCCUUCUACCGAUUUCAACCCGCUCCUAACAGAAACCAUUGAGAAAGGCAAUCAUGGCGCUUUUGCUUCUCUAAAUCCUGUUUAUUAUAUCCGAAACAGCCCUUUAUUCCCUUGCUUUCACCUCGAACACUCUUCCGAACUCCUCCAUGGAUCUACUUCGAAGUUAUUCAGACAAAACCGAAGACCCCAGCGCCUCGCCUUCCUCGCCGGAUUCUUCUUCGGAUUCGUAUCCUCACAUGUCCCUUCCGGCAAAGUCCUCGGCUCCGCGCGUCGACGAGACUUCGCUCGCCCUGACAACCGCGGUAUCUGAUCGAAUCCUCCACCGCCCUCUUGAUCCAUCGCAGCACGCUGUGAGUUUCAACCCUACCUACGACCAGCUUUGGGCCCCGAUUUAUGGCCCUGCACAUCCCUACGCCAAGGAUGGCGUCGCUCAGGGCAUGCGAAAUCACAAGCUCGGCUUCGUCGAGGACGCCUCAAUCCAUUCCUUCCUCUUCGACGAACAGUACAACACGUUCCACAAAUACGGCUACGCAGCCGAUCCGUCUGGACUCUCCUACGUCGGCGAUCUCGAAACCCUGGAACAGAAUGCAGCUCUCUCGGUUUACAAUGUGCCCCAACAGGAGCAGAAGCGCCGCCGGCGUGACCUAAAGGAUAAUGAAGCCGAUGGUUCGGCUGCUGGACCCGAGAACUCCAAUCCGGAGGUGGAAAACCCGGCGUCCGAUGAGUGGCUCCUCAAGAACCGGAAAAGUCCUUGGGCCGGGAAGAAGGAGGUCGUCCAGGAGGAGCUUACGGAAGAGCAGAAGAAAUACGCUGAAGAGUAUGCUGAGAAGAAGGCCGAGAAAGGAAGAGGUGGCGAGGGCAGAGGUGAUAAGACUGAUCAUGUCGACAAGAGCACUUUUCAUGGUAAGGAAGAGAAGGACUACCAGGGAAGAUCUUGGGUCACUCCUCCCAAGGAUGCCAAGCCCUCUAAUGAUCAUUGUUACAUUCCGAAGCGAUGGGUGCAUACUUGGAGUGGGCACACCAAGGGGGUUGCUGCAAUUCGAUUCUUCCCUAAGCACGGCCACCUCCUCCUCUCUGCUGGCAUGGACUCCAAGAUCAAGAUCUGGGAUGUGUUUAAUUCGGGGAAAUGUAUGAGAACCUAUAUGGGACACUCCAAAGCUGUCAGAGAUAUAUCAUUCUCCAACGAUGGUGCGAAGUUCUUGAGCGCAGGGUAUGACAAGAAUAUUAAGUUAUGGGAUACUGAAACUGGUAAGGUGAUCUCGACUUUCUCCACUGGGAAAGUCCCUUAUGUCGUAAAGCUCAACCCAGAUCAAGACAAGCAACACAUUCUCCUUGCGGGGAUGAGUGAUAAGAAGAUUGUCCAGUGGGAUAUGGAUUCUGGGAAGAUCACGCAAGAGUAUGAUCAGCAUCUAGGCGCUGUGAAUACCAUCACUUUUGUGGAUAACAAUAGGAGGUUUGUGACUUCUAGUGAUGACAAAUCUCUUCGGGUUUGGGAGUUUGGCAUACCAGUCGUUAUUAAGUACAUCAGUGAGCCGCACAUGCACUCAAUGCCAUCUAUUUCACUUCAUCCUAAUGGCAAUUGGCUGGCAGCACAAAGCUUGGAUAACCAGAUACUUAUCUAUAGUACAAAGGAGAGAUUUCAACUAAAUAAGAAGAAGAGAUUUGCAGGGCACAUUGUGGCAGGUUAUGCUUGUCAGGUCAAUUUCUCCCCGGAUGGACGGUUUGUCACGUCAGGAGAUGGGGAAGGGAAGUGCUGGUUUUGGGAUUGGAAGAGUUGCAAGGUCUUUAGAACCUUAAAAUGCCAUGAAGGUGUAUGCAUUGGGUGUGAGUGGCAUCCUUUGGAGCAGAGCAAGGUUGCAACUUGUGGUUGGGAUGGCAUGAUCAAAUACUGGGACUGAUGUAAUAUACAUGUCUAAUGUUGACGUUCGCGAACAGCCGUCAUCAAUUAAUGACCACAGGAUCUUCGUGCCAUUAAGUUCAACCUUAUGAGGAAACACAAAUCUGUUGGUUCUACCGUUAUGGAAUCAGCAGCUGGAGCUUUGAGGAUAUAAGCAUCAGAUUCUUGGAUGAAGUAAAUAUUUAGCUUGCAUGGUUAAGAUUUGCAUUAGAUUGCUUCUUGUAGAAUUCAUAGUGUUUUAAUGACAAUUUUGGGUAGAAUUGUAACUUAAGAAACUGUGGUGCUAAAUGAUGAAACGAUAGUACUAAUACGUCGUCAACUGUCGUUUAAAUGCUUAUCCAUUUAAUGUUCAUUUUGAAGAA